AUGACGUCGCGUAUCUAUAUUGGUCGUCUUCCUUAUCGUGCAACUGAGAGGGAUGUUGAGAAGUUUUUUAAAGGUUACGGCAGACUCAGAGAUGUCGUGCUCAAAAAUGGCUUCGGAUUUGUGGAAUUUGAAAGUUUACGAGACGCUGAUGACGCCAUUUACGAACUCAAUGGGAAGGAGCUGUGUGGGGAGCGGAUAGUGCUUGAGUUCUCUCAUCGACGUCCUCGAGGCCCUCGAGGUUUUGAUCGAUUUCCUCCUAGGCGUGAAUCUAGGUAUGGUCCUCCCCAACAGACUCGACAUCGUUUAAUUGUUGAGAAUCUUUCAUCCAGAAUAUCAUGGCAGGACUUAAAAGACAUGAUGCGUACAGCUGGAGAAGUUACGUACGCUGAUGCACACAAGGAGCAUCCAAAUGAAGGCAUUGUUUGUUUUGCAAGUCGAGAAGAUUUGAAGAGAGCGAUGGAUAAGUUACAAGGGAAAGAAGUAAAUGGUCGGAAGUUGAAGCUUAUUGAUGACUCUGAGAGAAGUGGCAGCAGAAGUCGGUCCAGAUCUAACCGCCGUUCGAGAUCACGAUCCCGUUCCCGAUCUUCAUUGUCCCGAUCUCGCUCCACACGUUCACGUAGCAAGUCAGAUUCGCGUAGUAGAUCGCGAUCUCGCAGCAAAUCUCGUUCGGCUAGUAAAGCACGUUCAGAAGCAUCAGAGAAGGAAAGAUCCAAGUCGAGGUCGCAAAGCCGGACUCAUUCGUCUCCAUCGCCAUCUCCAUCCAGAUCUCAAUCUCCAUCAAAGUCGAAAUCAAAAUCAAAGUCACAGUCAAAGUCCCCAGAGAAAGCAGUGAAAAAUAUUGAGGCUAUGGAGACAGAAGAAGAUGUAAAGGAAAAUGGGACAAAUCGAUCUCCAACACCAGAAUAG